UUUUGCUGUUGGGCUUAUAAACUAUAUAAAAAUUCUGAAUAACGUAAUUGUUUUAUGCGUCUUAUCCGCUUUAGCUUUUGAUGCUUUCACCUACUUUAUACUAUACCCGUACAUAAAUCAAAUAAUAAUACAGUACAGUCAAUGGUCAAGGGAUUCCUUAUACACUAUAGAAAACUAGGAGUAAAUAUUUAGAUACAGUCAACAACUAACGAUUUAAUCAGUAACUAUGGUAAUAUUUUUGUAAAUUAUUAAUACAAAGUAUAUUUUUAGUUUUAAUUUUUUGCGGAAUUUAUUUACUUAUUGUGACGUCACAAACUGCAGUCCGGAAGUCCAGUAGAUAACUGGAAUCCAAAAUCCCUUUGCGGGACGCCGUUUACUACUCGCAUACGAGGACAUACUGUACAGCGAGGACCAACGCUAGUGUUGCCAUUCUAUUAUACAACCCGCUAGGUCUUCGGUGAUUUCAAGCUUACAGUCAAAUACACACAUUACGAUUUAAAACCUGUGUCAGCAAAACGUCUACGCAAGCAUUUUCUAGCUGGAUCUCGCUACCACAGUGGGUAGUUGUUACUUAGUUUUUACAAUUUCAACUCCAGAAAUGCAAAUACCAAAACUCAGGGCUGGUCACGCUUGGGUAAAUCGACCACGUCGAAGUCUUUCGUUCCUUGUAAGAGAAAGCAAAAUUCCGGUUCUCUUUUCUAGAAACGCUCGACAUUUCGUGUUGUUAUCCAAAUACCGCCCGCACAUGUUUCUUCCAAAACCCCCGUCGUUAUGGGAUGUGAUAUCGCGCAGUGCUCGGCUGCGUUUUGUUGCGAAGGGGAAUACAACGCAAAAUCUGUCUGUCGGCCCAGCCAGCGCCUUAUGUAGCAAGAAUGUCGUCACGGAUCCGCAUACUCCCCAUGCCAUUCGCUGGCCUCCUGAAGCCUUCAUCAACAGAGGCUGGCCUACGCUGCACACUGCCAGACGACUCCUGGUUCGCCGCUAUCCUAAAUUGAGGAUUGUAAAUCACGAAAUGUACGCAUCAUUAGCAGAGCCAAAACCACCGGACGUGCUGAAGGAAGACUGGAGAGAUCAUCACCGCCGCGUUCAAGAACUGCUCUUGCAUAAGUCUGCAAAACGGGAACACCAUGCAACAUCUACAACGAUCGCUCGAGAAGUUCCUCUCGACAAGUGCCUGAUCCAAACCCGAUCCACGCCCACGCCGUUAACUAGAAAUUUGACGUUCGUUACGCGCAUGCCUAAUCGGAAAUUCCGAUCCAAACACGAGACAAAGUAUAAUCUAAAUGAGCCGACUAUUGUCAAAGACAAGCUUCCUGAUGGAUGGAAAGAACGCCACAAAAUAAAGCAAGAGCAACUACUCUCUACGAGAAACCAGAAAGCGGUUUCAAAUUUUUCCUGUAAUACAACAGUUUCAGUGGACGACAGAGAAUCUUCAGCCGGCCUGUCGAUUGGCUGUCUUGUAAAGUCGACUGAUGAAGUGCACAAAGGCCGUGAAUAUCUUGAGAAACAAACAAUGUGCUUGGACAGAAAAGUACCAGUUGUUGGUGGGGAGUACAGACCUGCAAAACAGUGGAUGCAUUAUCAUGCCCUUGCUGGCAAAUACCUCGAGACUGCUUCUGCUACGUCUGCAUUGAGACUUGAUUGCGAGCAACUCGCGCUCAAACUUCAUGAACUGCAAAAGGCCUUUCAUCAUUCGGAAAAACGAACGGCGACCAAACUGAACAUUCAAAUUGCCAAGUGCAUGAAAGAGCUGAAGAUGGACUUGAGUGAGUUUUUGCUACAAAUCAUUUGCAAUUCCACAUCUCCAAAACUGCCGGACCAAAAAAGCAUACAGCCGCUAGACGUCGUGCCUAAAAAUAAUCCCAAAACAUAUCAACCGGCCCGGCGGUUCUGCUCGGCAGGAACUUUAAGAGCAAUCAAGAAGGUCGCUUCCGACUACCAUAUUUUACGAACUAACGGCUGCAGGUUGCAGAAUGUUGAAAACCCACCGAGGAAACCAGCAAUCUCGCAAUUCCGUUCCCCAAAUAGCAGGAUCCGCUCAUUGCAGACGACAAACAGCGGUGAGAAAGCUGUUUGCAAAACGGGUGCGACUCCCAAAAAACUGCCAAGGUGUGCUGUUGAUACCAGUGGACCCGAAGGCAAGCUAACUAUAAAAGAACUAGGCAUGCCAACUAAGCACUACUUGCCAAAAGACCCUUGUCUAUCCCCAACGAUCCCAAGCUUAAAAAAUGGAGAAGACGGUUUGACUGAAACGGAUUUCCAGCCACGAUUUACCGAAAAUCCUAUAACGCAGCGGUCAAAAGCUGAAAACGCAGAACUAAUAUCCUAUUUGCUGCAGCGAGCCACCAACAAGAUUAGAAAAUACAAAGAUAAUACGAAAACAUUAUGUACAUAUCUAAAACAUAGCAACCAUGCCAUGAAAGUAUCCGCUGUUCGGCGGGAAAAAUUUCCCAUAUAAAUUCAGUUUUUUUGUUUGAAAAGAAUGCAGUUAUAGUAAAUAAACAACUACUAAAGACAAAAAGUUUAGAAACGUGCAUGUCGAAGGCACUACCGAAAUUUUUGUGAAUGGAAUUUUAUCGUCGAUAUAAUUUUCUUGCUAAAUUUGUGACAAUCCUUUGCUAACCUUGGUGCUUGGAUGAGCAGGCAGUAUGUACUUUGCCAUUCGCUUUCUCGGCUAUUGAAGUUUUACAAUGUCUCACGUGAAGUCUGAACCUGGUGCUGUUUCGUUUCGAAAAUUAGCUAACGAAGUUUUGGGCUACGAUCGAUCUAGUGUGGUGCUAGUUUUCUUCAGAUUGGUUUGUUUGCAAGAACUCAAAGUUGUACAGGUGUUUUUGCUCUUACAAUAAUCUCUACCUGGAGCCCGCUUCACAUAAC